GCCUUGAUUGGCUUGAGGGAGCCGAUCAGGCAGCUCUACAUAAACUGCUCACCUGUAGGGCUGGGGGUGUGGCUUCACCUGGCUGGCUUUUUGGCACAUGCUUUGUUCUCCAGCAUUGUUUCAAGGUUUGUGGUGGGAGUUUGUGGGCUAGCUGUUCUCUAGUCAGCCUAUGUUGGCCACGCCCUUCAGACCUCCCACCACUGACAGGGCGGAAUGUGAUUGGCUCCUCUGUGCUGUCAGUUUCUCUCACGGCCACGCCCGCCCAGCGCUACUUCCUGUGUGUGAGAACCGUUCGACUCUGUCUGCAGAGAGGCGUCGGUAUGGACGGUAGCUUCUUCUUGCAACUUUUUACCAGAGAGUUUAAACCUUCCACUUUUCGUCUUAGUUCACUUAUAUGAGUUGGAAAUGGGUUUGUGAGUGGAAUAAAUUAAAGUUGAGUCCGACGUGAGUUAAACAGACAAUCUUUCUGUUUUCUUCUUAGUUCGAGUUGUUUUAAAGGAAAAUGCCAGUAGCAACUCUUCUACCUUUUACCGCUCCGCCAAAUAGGAAGUCUGCCAGCCCGACUUCUUUCAGGCUGACAGAGAAAUUUAUUCUGCUCCUGGUGUUUAGCGCGUUCAUCACCCUGUGUUUCGGGGCGAUCUUCUUCCUGCCGGACUCGUCGAAGCUGCUCAGCGGAGUUUUCUUCCGCACCACCGCGGUGGAGACCAACACCCGCACCGGUCCGGAGAGCAGCUACUCCGGCUCGGCUGGAAGCGACGAAAGGCUCUUGGCCAAAAUCAAGAAGGACCACGAAAAAGCGCUGCUGGAGGCCAAGGACACAUUACAGAAGCGACCCGAGGAGAUAGAACGGGACAUAAUGAACGACAAGAAGAAAGUUAACAGUGCGGGUCAGGAUGGGAAUGACGUGAAUGAAAUACCUUUCAUUGAGUAUCACCGUCCGCCCGGAGCCACUGGACACGAACCACUGGACCCCGAAACUAAGGAGAGACGGGCUAAAAUUAAAGAGAUGAUGAAGCACGCGUGGGACAGCUACCAGCGCUACGCCUGGGGUUCCAAUGAGCUCCGGCCGGUCUCCAAGCAGGGCCACUCCAGCAAUCUAUUUGGGAGCAUAAAAGGAGCAACAAUAGUGGAUGCUCUGGACACCCUCUAUAUCAUGGAGAUGUUUGAAGAGUUUGAUGUUGCUACAGACUGGGUAGAGAAAAACCUGGACUUCAGUGUGAAUGCAGAAGUGUCUGUGUUCGAGGUGAACAUCAGGUUUGUUGGAGGUCUGCUGUCUGCCUACUACCUGUCUGGGAAAGAGGUGUUUCGCAGGAAGGCGGUAGAGUUGGGUGAAAAACUGCUGCCAGCCUUUAAAACGCCCACAGGCAUCCCCUGGGCUCUGCUCAACCUCAAGAGUGGUGUUGGUAGAAACUGGCCUUGGGCUUCAGGUGGGAGCAGCAUCCUGGCAGAAUAUGGCACCCUGCAUCUGGAGUUCAUGCACCUCAGCAAACUCUCAGGAAAUCCAGAGUUUGCUCAAAAGGUAAUGAACAUUAGGAAAGUACUGAAUCGUUUGGACAAACCUCAGGGACUUUACCCAAACUACCUGAACCCAAACAGCGGCCAGUGGGGCCAACAUCACGUGUCUGUGGGUGGCCUCGGUGACAGCUUCUACGAGUAUUUGCUCAAGGCCUGGCUUAUGUCCGACAAGACUGACGAGGAAGGAAAGAAUAUGUACUAUGAUGCCCUCCAGGCGAUAGAGACCAAUCUGAUGAGGAAGUCGAGCAGCGGGCUGACCUACAUAGCAGAGUGGAAGGGGGGGCUGCUGGAGCACAAGAUGGGCCACCUGACGUGUUUCGCCGGCGGCAUGAUCGCUCUGGGCGCCGAUGGGGCCCCCGAUGACAAAACAGGCCACCAGAUGGAGGAGGCAGCGGAGAUCGCUCGCACCUGCCACGAGUCUUACGCCAGGACAGCUUUGAAGCUGGGUCCGGAGGCGUUCCGUUUCGACGGCGGAGUCGAGGCCAUUGCAACCCGACAGAAUGAGAAAUAUUUUAUCCUCCGCCCGGAGGUCAUCGAGACCUACAUGUACAUGUGGAGAUUCACCCACGACCCCAAAUACAGGGAUUGGGGCUGGGAGGCUGUCCAGGCCUUGGAGCAGCACUGCAGAGUAGAAGGAGGCUACAGCGGCGUCAGAGACGUCUACGCCUCGUCUCCAAACCACGACGACGUACAGCAGAGCUUUUACUUGGCUGAGACGCUAAAGUAUCUUUACCUGCUCUUCUCUGACGACGACCACCUACCCUUCGAGCACUGGGUCUUCAACACCGAGGCCCACCCUCUGCCGGUCAUCAGGAAGGAGAUAAAAGACAGACCAAAUGAAGUGGAGUAGCAGACACCUCAGAGACGAGUGUGAGAACCUCUGAUCCUGUACAUCUGAGCCUCCUGCUGAGCCCCAAGUGGUGACAGGUUCCUCCUUGUUUUGUUUUUUUCUUUUUAAGAACCGGAUCUGUUUGAGACUGGUUCUGUCUGUCAGUCCUGAUUUGUUUUUGUUUUUUAAACUUUUUGCAAACACUGAUCGGUUGAGUCUAAAGCAGAUCUGGAGCAGCUUAUUUAGCAGUGGAUGAUGUGAUGGUUGAUGAACACGUCCUGCUUGGAUAGUCAGCGGCUCUUCAGAGUGACCAUCCAAUCAGCUGUGACAUUAUUUAUCAGGAUGUUUCCUGUUUGUGUUUUUCUGUGAGGGUGAAACCAGGCGGCUCUGAAUAAAAAACAUUCGGGCACAAACAACCCUCAGUUCUGACUGACAGGGAUGUAGAGACAUGAUGAGCUGAAAGAUUCUCGGUUCCCUUUCCUUUUCGCUGCUUUGUCAUCUGAUUAUGUCCCAGUUCUGUUGGAGAAACACUGGGAGUACCUUUUUCUUUACAGAUGAGAACAUCUGUUUUCAUCUAAGUGUUCCUUCCUCUGCGACCAAUCACACCUCCUUCCUACCUGCCAGUAAUUUCACCUUCACCCUGUUUACACAGCGUUCUUCUUCUCCUUUUCUGCUGUUUUUCUUCAGUAUCUUUCACCAGCUUUUACAUUUAUUCCUCUGUCUCAUGUUUUCACCAGUUUGACUAGGACUGGGAUUUUAAAGUGUAUAAUUCUUCCUAACUUGCGUGUUUUUGCCUUUUUCCUCUAAAGGUUUUUCAUGACUCAGACUUGAAUAAUUUCCUAAACUGGUGGACUAAAAUCAGGUUUUGUUGAAUUUUGGAGCAGUUUUAAUUGUGUCAGGGACCUUUAUUUUAUUACAGAUGUUUCAGCAAACAGCGUUUCUUUUCAAGGAUGCACAAUAUUUCCGUAUCGGCCAAGGUUGAACAUAUCGGUAUCGGUAAGUGAAACUGGGCCGAUAUUAACUGAUGUUUAUUUUCUUUUUGUUGCCGUUUGUGUUUCUGGAGGAGGGUGGCCAUGCAGUAUUUGUUUGGUCAUGUGACAAUGAUAGAGAUCCAGCACAGGAUUAUGGGAUGUUUAACUGAAGCAGAGGAGAAAGGUCAGCUGUGUGGUCGUCUUCACGCUGUCGAAAGGGUAGGGAAAUGGAAAACAUAUAUAUAAUAUCGGUAGAAUAUAUAAAAUAUUAUCAGAUGUCCAUUUUGGCCCAAAGUUUCAUAUCGGUGCAUCUCUAUUGGUUGUUUUUUAGCAGAUCAGUAAAAGACCAGAAUGUCUGCAUGCUGAACUUUUACACUGCUGCUCCAAAGCUCACAUCAACCUGUAGGAAUUAAAUUUAUGUAAUAAUUUUGGACUUUUAAAACAAUCCUUUUCCAGGGUAGAUGUUAUUCAGCUUAGAACAUUAAUAAUCUCUAAAGUAAAGAGUUAUUUUCUGUAAUCCACACAGAGCAAAAUGAUGAUAGCUGUAGUGAAAUCAGUUUUUGUGUGGCCGUCAGCAAGGUUCUGGCAUAAUUCUGGCUCCAUUCUGUAAAGUUCAUUUAAAUUGGGUUUUAAGCAAAACCUGCAAACCUGAUGGAGUAGAGAUCAACGUUUCGGGAAAGCUUUUCCAAAAGCUAAAUGUUAACCUGCUUCAUCUUUUCCCAAAUCUGUGUCUGGUCUCAUUUUCCUGUUGAAACAUAUAUAUAUAUUUUUAACAAGUUUUAACUGGUAGCUGAUUUGAGGAAAACUCAAAAGAUUUGGAGAUAGUCCUCCUCCUUCAGCAUUUUAGGCACCCUGCACACCACUGACAGUGAAUGCCCACAUAAUAAUGCUGCCCCCACCGUGCUGGACAGUUGUUUUUGUUAGGCUUGAAGCCCUUGAAGUCAAUCUUGGUCUCAUCAGACCAUAACUCCUUCCUCCAGAGGUUAUUCAGCUUCUCCAUGUGGGCGGCUGAAGCAAGAGCUUCCUCUGGUGCUCUGCACCCUCUAGGUCCAGUGGACAGCAGUCUUGGUAGUUACUGGGUUGUUCCUGAAAAUCGUAACUAAUUUCUUUUCAUCAGAGGGAGACAGUUUGAGUCAGAUGGUUGAAACUGGGACACAGUCUGGUUUCUUCAACAGGAGAAUGAUCCCAAACACGCAUCUGAACUGGUUUUGACACAGAGUCAAUCACAGGAAAUGUCAAGAAGGUUGCAGAUGGCUACAAAAAACGUGUUUCAGCUGCGUCUUGCUGAGGGGCGACCGAUCAAUCAUUAGCAGGUAGUGUAUGUAUAUUUAUGAGCCUUUGUGGGUUAAAGGAAAAACGUUAAAAAUGUUCUUGCUUUUAAAAAUCAUUGAAGUUGGGUUGUUUGGAAUCAUUUCAUUCUACAAAAGAAAGAUUUAAGUUAAUGUUACCUGAACUGUUAGAGAAAACCCUCUCCUCCUCCUCCUCCUCGUUUCCACCACGCAGGCUGCAGGAUCUUCUCUCCUCUGUGAGGACAUGCAGGAACUCACCUUUGCUCUAAAAGCUCCACCUUGACAGACACAGGAAGCCAUACAGACUUAUCACAGAUUUAUCCUCCCCACCACACAUUGUGACUGACUGAGUCGCUGCUUCUGUCGUUUCCAAUCAUCACGUUGAAUUUUUACGUUGCAGAUUUCUCCCCAAAACCACAGAAACGAAGCCAGAUUUCAUCCCCAUUAGUCUUCAAUCGAGUGCCUUCACUGUUCAAAACAGAGGAGUUUGAAAGAGGAGCAGCACACAUGAACACAAAGAAGGGAUUUUUAGAAAAGACUUGCAGCUUUAAGUAUGUUCCCCUCCUUCUGAUGAAGAUUUAACCAAAACCGGACAUGAAUAAAACGAUUACAAGUGGCAGAUUUGAGGGGUUGUUCUUCAACAAUUCAUUCUCCAGUCAAGUCUGUUUUCAUGGACAACAGCGACAUCUUGUGGUGGCAGAUUAGCACUGCACUUCCUGAAACUAGAGCCAAAUGCAGACUGUGAAAUUAGCAGCAUCAUAAGUAAAUUACUAAUCACAAUGUGCAACCCUCGCAGUUCUUUUUUCUCGUCUUGCCAGAUGAGGAUGUUAGAGGCGGCGGAUCACGUUCAUCAGCUGAGAUUUAAAGCAGACAGCUGAUGCCGAGUCAUUUAAAAACUGCGUCACUGCCUGGAUUAUUUUACUCAGAGGUUUGUAAAAGCUCCCCUAGAAACAAAUCAAUCUGUCCUUUUCAAUUUGGCCAAAAUACACAAAACAAAUAAACAAAUCCUGCCAGAUUUUACAGGAAUACAAGGAAUAUGAAGGAAUGUGUGAUAGAGGAGGAUUAUUGAUUUUAUUUCCUAAAAAAGAAAUAAAAAAAACAGAAAACUUUAAGCGAAAGCAUACAUGAGAUUUCUUUGCUUUAAUUUACCGAAACCCUCUGAAUUCUUGUUUUGAAUAAACAACUAAACAAAAUAUCAGUUUAAUAUGUUUUCAGGCAGGAGUCACUCUACAGGGGGAAAGCUUAGGGAUCAAAUAUUUUCAUAAUCUUACCAUCAAAUGAGUAGCUUUAAUUUUCUCCUACAGGGAAAGGGUUUUUUUAUUUAAAUUUCAUAUUGAAUUAUCUCAAAAUAAACUCUUAAAAUCUUUUGAUUUUGUUAAAAAAAAAAAUAAUAAUUUAGCUUGUCUUUGUUUUCUUGUCGGAGUUGUCAGAGCUGUGAUGUUUUCAUGUUUUUGAAAUUGUUAUAAUUAUUAAUGUUCAGCCGAUGUGUGAAACUGUAACGGCUGAUUGUGCUCAUUCAUUUCUGGUGGUGAUCAGAUGACAUGCUAGUGCUGGCAGCUGAUCUCCAGGGGGCGCUGUGGGUAAAUUAGUGACCUGCAGUGGAUGCAGCAAGUCAAACAGCUCCUUGAUAAUCUGCCAAAAAAGGACUGAUGUUGCCAAUUUUAAAAUUUUUCCAAGUGACAGAAAGACGACCGGAGCUGAAUGAAUGUACCAUCAAAUGUGAAGUUCUUUUGGUUUAUUUAACUUGUUAUUUUUUGGCUUAAAAAGCACAAAAAGUUGCAGAGGAACGUUUAAUCGAGGGGUAAAAACUGGCGAAUGGGACACAACGUGAGGAUGUGACGCGAACACAGGAAAUCACAAAGCUCUAAAACUUGAAUCAUUUCGCUUCAGAAACAAAUGUUUUGCACAUAUCUUCUCAUUAAAGAAGCUUUUAUUGUGUGGAUUUUAGUUUUACUAGAUUUUGCUGCAUAAUUGGAUGUAAUUCAACCCAGAACUAGUUAAUCAUUUUGGGCUAUAAGUGGAUGAAUAAAAGUUACUUUCAUAAAGCAGCAUUUUCUUCUUUAACACGCCCCGCUUUCAUCUUUUGUUUUAUGUUACAGCGUUGACAUCAAGAAUUUCAUUACUCAUAAUCUUUUACAAUAAAUUCUCUAUUUUGGCAUAAAAAACCAAAAUAAACUAAACAAAAUAAACAGUUUUUUUUUUUUCUAUUCCUCAAUUGAAAUCUAUAAUUUUAUUCCAUUUAAUGAGAUUAAGGAUAUAAAAAGAUUUAAAACUCUGAAAUGAUCAUUUUUAAUAGACAUUGUGGCAUUGAGAUACUUUACUUUAUAAUUCAGAGGUUUUAUUUGUAGGAAAUAUGAGAUUAGCUGUUCAGAUUACAACGUUUCAACUAUUUGCAGGCAAUAUUUUUGACUCCUUAAAGGGCUGAUCUGCAGCAGCAUCUCUAAUCAGGACUCUUUUUGUCUCCUGCAGCGUUAAUCUGGACACAAAUGUCGAAUGUAUUUGAAUUCCUCGCAUUCAGAUUUAAAAUAUUUCCAUAAAAAUGGUCGGACUACGUUUGGUGAUUUUUCAGAUUAUUGUGUUGUGUAUCGAUGCCUUUCUACCAGUGGAUAUAAAAGGAGAAUGUUACUCAUUUUAGGCGUUCAGCUUCACAAUGACAUCGACUCCUAUCCCAGCCACUAAAUAACCCAAACAGCCGACUUUUAAGAGCUUCAAUUGUGUUGAAAACGGCCUCAGAAAUGUAGAAAAACUGUAGCUGAGAAUCAUUCCAUUGCACAUAAUUAUUUUACAUUUGUAUGCAGUGUUUUAAUUUUGUGGGGAAAUUAGAAUUUUGUGUUUAAUAUAAUCAUUGUUGAUAAAAAAUGUAAAUAUUGCAUUGCGGCAGAUGAGCCGUAUUUAUAUAAAGAUUCUUCUGAGGUUAUGGAAUAAAAUGAAACUAUUGAGCAGCAGACUUUUUAAUAAACUAUAUUUGUUACACUUCUAUUGUGAAUAAAACCUCUUUGAUUAAG